UUAUUCAUACAACAACUCUAGCGUAAUUUGCCACGCGCCAAGGCGAUUCACAAUCCGGAACACUUAACAGGAGCAGCGCCACACGCCACUACAGUUUGUUUACUAGUCAACAAAUCCGUCAGCACUGCCGGUUCACGAGCGAUCGUCACGGUUCACGGAACACGCUGGCGAAUCGUAUCGUCGCGGGUUCUUCGUUUUCACCUGGGACUUUUACGCUUACAGACGACCAAAAUACCAUGUCGGUCCAUCGCUGCGAAAUGAGAGAUGAAACCUAAAUUUAAUUAACCUGAAAAGUAGGAAUUACGGUGAUCAGUUUUCAAACAAGGAUGUCACCACUGGAUUUAACUUUUCUGUGGUAUAAAUUCAAACUGCUGUUCUUUUGCAUCUAUCUCCCGUAUUAUGCGUCCAGCACUUGUCCCGAUGAUGUCAAAGGUCACACCAAAACCUGCUUCCGGGAGUAUGAAAUGAAGAUAAGGGGUAUCCUGGCCCCCCAAAACACAAUUAUAUCAGGGGUGGACGCCGAAAACAUACGGCUUCUCUGCACAGCAUUCAAGUCUGGACUUUCUUGUGUUGCUGACCUGAAGUCCAGCUGUACACAAGACACCGCUGUUAUAGACGAGGAACUUGGUAAACUCCCCCUAGCAGUAGCCGAAUUAAACAAGCUCUGCAGAGACGAUUCUUUUUAUGAGGUAUAUGCACGAAACAGAGUUUGCUACGAAAAAUCAGGAGUAGCUAAUGAAAGAUGUUUCAAAGAAGUAAUGAAUUCUUCCGUCCGGAUAAUAACGGAAUUAGAUCCGAGUUCUGUCACGGAAUUCUGUGGGGAUAUAGACAGGCUAUCGGACUGUAUGGGUGCCGCUCUGAUCGCGGAACAAUGCAGUAAAGAAGCCAUUUCACUAAAGGACAAACUAGUGCGGCUUCUUAUCCGGGGAAGCCUGAGGUGCGACAAGUCUGCUUACACUGUUUCUAGUCAGAAUACAACGCCUUCGCAGUUUCAAAAUGGUCGCCGAUCUGGUAACCAAGGACGCGAUGGAACAAACACAGUUAAUAGCAAUUAUUUGCCAAAUCGAACGCUGAUUUCAUUAUUAGUGGUAUUUAUAAUACUUCUUGGUUUUUCAUGACGUAACUUAGAUGUACGAGAUUCAAUUACCCGGAUAUACAGGACCGGAAAUAAGCAUCAAACACUGGCUUUACUGAAGAUUUUGGCCACGUGAUAUAUAGAGAUGUCCAAUAAUUUUGUCUGUGACAAAAUACGAAAAUUGAUAGAACUUUGUAGACCUAGAAAUGCCGUGUCGGGGUGUUAACACAAGGGAUUCUAAAGAAACGUCGAGUGUAGGACUUGCCCCGGUGGUUGGAUCUGGCAAAAUCUAAAUAGUGACUACUUUCAUUACACCUGCAUUUCCUGUAAUAAGUAGUUUUCCCUAAAAUAUUUUAAAAAUGUUUGUUGGCUAUUCACAAAGUAGAAUUGUUAUAGGAAUUUGUGUAUGUCACUCGUGUACUGUCAUCAUUGAUUUCAUGUUGUUAGCUUAAAGCUAUACUAAAACCCUAUCUGUGAUGCUGCUUUAGAACCUAUGCACUGUUCUCUAUUUUCUUAAAAGUCUUACAAACUCCAAGUUCACAUCAAACACGUGCUAUGUCGGCCUUCUCUGUGCUCUAGUCCGCUGAUCAAAUCAAACAAUGUGCACAUUUGCUUUAUUGUUACCAUAAAUACAUUUGUAAAGAGAUGUAUGAAUUUGUUUCAAUAAAACGACUGAAAAUACAUCAAAA